AUGAGAAACCAAUACUCUCUGUUACUUGUCAUUUUUAUGUCUCUCUUGCUCUCAAUCUCAAUAGCUAAUGCAAAAAUGGAGAGGUUAAACAGAGGAUCAUCUCUCCAUGUAGAGUCGCACUCUGACAUCCUUGUUUCACCUGACGGCUCCUUCUCAGCCGGGUUGUAUGAAGUGGGCCUCAAUGCCUAUUCCUUCGCUAUCUGGUUCUCCAACUCUGCAAACAAAACUGUGUCAUGGAUCGCUAGCAGAGACCACCCGGUUAAUGGCCGACGUUCGAGACUCUCUUUAUGGAAAGAUGGAAACUUGGUCUUAAUUGAUGCAAAUGACGCAGUUAUUUGGAGCACAAACACAAACUCAACAAGCUAUGCAGAGCUCCUGGACACGGGAAACCUGGUUUUGAGAGACUGUAAUGGUCGAAUCAUCUGGGAAAGCUUUGAAUUCCCGACUGAUACUCUCCUCCCAAACCAGCCAUUCACAAAAGGCAAGAGAUUGAUCUCAAGUAGAGGAGAAGGUAUGUAUUCCCCUGGCUAUUUCAGCUUCUUUUUCGACAAUGACAACGUGCUUAGAAUCAUGUAUGAUGGUCCUGAAAUUUCAAGCAUAUACUGGCCAAACCCAGAUUACACUGUAUGGGUUAAUAAGAGAACAUCAUAUAAUAGCUCUAGGUAUGCUUUCUAUGAUGAAUUGGGGAGGUUUGUUUCUAGUGAUAGAUUUGAAUUCUAUGCUUCUGAUUGGGGUUCAAUGCUUAAAAGGAGAUUAACAAUGGAUUAUGAUGGUAACCUUAGGCUUUAUAGCCUUAAUGAAGCAACAGGGCUUUGGUCAAUUACAUGGUUAGCCAUGGCAGAGCAAUGUAGAAUUCAUGGACUUUGUGGAAGAAAUGGGAUAUGUACUUAUAAACCACAGCCAACAUGUGCAUGCCCCCCAUAUUAUGAAGCAAGUGACCCAAAGGACUGGACAAAAGGGUGCAUAUCCAAGUCCAAAACAACCUGUGAUCCUCUCAAAAUCAGGUUUAUAGAGCUUCCUCAAACUGAUUUUUAUGGCUACGAUAUCAACUAUACUUUGCAAACAACCUUUGAGGCCUGUAGAAACAGAUGCUUAGAUGAUUGUACUUGUCAAGGUUUCAUGUAUAGAAUUAAUGGGGAUGGAGGGUGUUACUUCAAGAGUGUUCUCUUUAAUGGAUACACAUCUACAAGUUUUCCAGGAAGCAUGUAUAUAAAAGUCGCCAUAGAUGUAGCCUUAAACCAUAUUGGUAGUCAGAGCACAGGUUUGAGAGAGCUUGAAUUGAAAUGCCCAACUGGUGUAGCUGCAGUCACAGAGGGGCUCGGAGUUUAUGGGGAGAUAAAGAGUACAACUCUUAUGUUGUAUUGGUUUGUGAGUGCAAUUGGUGGGAUUGAGAUCAUAUUCAUAGCGGUCGGGUGGUUCUUCCUUUAUCGGAAACAUGGUGUGCCUGAAGCCAUAGAAAAAGGCUACAAGGGUAUAUCAAGCCAAUUCAGGAGGUUCACAUACAAAGAGCUUAAACAGGCUACAAGCAACUUCAAAGAAGAGCUUGGAAAGGGGGCUUUUGGUGCUGUUUAUAAGGGGGUUUUGAGUGAUGGUAGGGUAGUUGGGGUGAAGAGGCUACAUGAUGUGAGGCAAGGUGAGGAAGAAUUUUGGGCAGAAGUGAGUACAAUCGGGAUGAUAUACCACAUAAACUUUGUGAGGAUGUGGGGCUUUUGUGUUGAGGGUUCACAUAAGCUAUUAGUUUAUGAGUACUUGGAAAAUGGGUCGUUAGACAAGCACUUGUUCUUGGAGGGAACCACUCUGGACUGGAACCAGAGGCUUGAGAUUGCUCUAGGGACAGCAAAGGGCCUAGCGUACUUGCAUCAUGAGUGCCUAGAGUGGGUCUUACAUUGCGAUGUAAAACCCGAAAACAUACUACUAGAUGCAUGUUUCGAGCCCAAGAUAACUGACUUUGGGCUGGCGAAGCUCCUUCAGCGAAGAGGUGAAGGGAGAAACAAUAAGUCUAUUUCAUACUUUACAGGAGUCCGCGGAACCAAAGGGUAUAUGGCGCCGGAGUGGACUCUAAAUCUUCCUAUAACAACAAAAGCAGAUGUUUAUAGCUAUGGAGUAGUUUUGUUAGAGAUGGUGAGAGGGCGUAGAUUAUCAGGGCCCAAGGUGGUUGAUGGCCGCGAAGAAGUCGAGCUUUGGCAUUUGAUCAGGUUUGUCAAGAGGAAGAUCGAGUUGGGAGAGGAAUGGGUGGAGGCAGUGGUUGAUAUGAGAUUGGAGGGCAGGUUCAGCUCAAGGCAGGUAGAGGAGGUGGUGAAAAUAGCUCUAUCCUGUGUUAGAGAGGAGAAAGAGGGGAGACCAACCAUGGAUAUGAUCGUGCAGGCCCUACUUGUAUGUAUAGAUAUUAAUGGGCUAUGA